CAUUUCAUUGUUUUCAUCGAAAUUUUUCCAACUCAUUCGUUCUUUGGCGAGCCAGAAAUUUUCAGCAGAAAUUCUUCCAGUUUCCUCCAAUCGUUUCAAAAAUUCUUAGCAGCGAAAUGCGAAGUAAUUAACUGCGUGAUAAUUUCGGUGGAAGAAAAUUGGUUCCAGUGUUCGGAAAGCGAGUUCAACAGCAGCAGCCGUCGUGUGUCGUAAUAGCUUCGAAUCAUAACAUUCCGACGAAAACCAAAAAUGGACGACCAGUCGCGGGGAAAUCCUCUGGAUAGUAAAAUAAAUGCCCUCAUCGAGAAGGUAUUUCUGAUGACUCUGAGUAAAAAUCCUCCGAAAAGCAAUCGGCCGCGACAGCAGUUAAUCUACAUGGAGGAAGUGGCCGAGGCGUUUGAGGGGAAUUUGUUCAGUCUGGAACUGCUGGAACAGGCACUAUUCGAACGGAUUAUACUGUUCAACCCGAAGGAUUACCUGAUCCCGAACAACGUAAGCACGGCAGAAACGGAGGAAGUGGCCGAAACCAAGGUUGUUUUGUACCUCUAUGGAUGUUUCCUGCGCAACGAGCAAGCAGCGGAUCCAAACGAUUCCAUCACGACGGACACCUGUCGACAGAUGAGGUCUCUGAUCUUGCGGAACGCCUGCACUUCGCUCAAACAACCGGAACUUUUCGAAGGCCAAACGCUGCCGCAGCAGCUGUUGGACAUUUUCAAACAGCAACCCGAUGAAAACCAGUCGAUCAAGGCCCGGUUCAUUUCCGAAACGGUGAAGGAAAUUGUGGCCGAUUCCGAGAGCGAACAGGAAGGCUUUGCGGUACUGCGGGGUAUCUUCGAUCCGAUGUUUGUGGAGGUGCUAAGGGCCUUGCGCAGUGCUUCCCUCAUCGGAGUGGAAAGAUGGAUCUUCCCGUUCCUGGAGGUUUUCACCAGUGACAAGAGCAACCCACGGUUGGCGCAUCUGUUGCUGGAUUUUACUAGCCCACCGGAGGGAGCUGAAGGAAUCAAAUAUUCGGAAUCGCUCCUCGGCCAGCUGCUAUCUCUGUCGAUCAUGCCCCGCAAUCACAACGGACCGUACGAGUAUUUCGACAAUCCGCUGACCACCAAUCGGUCCGCCUACGAUAACCUUUCCUCGUCGCUCUGGAACUCCACCAAGUUGCAUCUGGAGACGAUGCAUCAGUUCGUGAAGGGAUUUCUGCUAAUCGGAGGGGAGGUGCGCAGCAAAAUGCUCACCUGGAUCGGCAAAUGUCUGCACGCCAAUGUACCGCGUGGGCAAAUUUGGAACACCCACCAGGUGCAAAACAUUUUCGGAAACCUCACAACGGCCCCAGAUUCGUUCAGCAUUAACUUGGCCGGGGUGUUAUUGCGACUGUGCCAGCCACUGCUGAAACCUCAGCUCAAAGUGCUGAUCGUAGAUCCGAGCUAUUGUGCGGUCAAGGAAGCGGAAAAAGUCGCCAAAGGUGUUCACAUGCUGGAUACCGAGAAGGAAACUUGCCUGCUACCGGUGGAUGAGAACGAAGUAAGGUUGGAGGCAGAAAAGUACAACUUUGUUAGCGAGUGCUUCUUCAUGACCCACAAAGCGAUCGAUCUGGGCUUCCGAGUGUGCACCGAGAAAUUUUUCCGCAUGAACCGGGAGCUGCAUCGAUUGCAGGAGAUUUACCAGGAUACGAUGCUGGGUGGGGGAGCUAGUGGCAGCAAUACGGACGUUGCAAAUAACAUCAUGCAAAUGUUGUCGACUCAAACGCAGCAGUUUUUGUGCUUGCAAAAUUUGCUCCGAGAGCCGAGCACCGAUCAGCUGCUGCUGCAGUUUUACGAGGCGUCCGCUAUCUGGCUAACGCAGUUGGCAUCUCGCGAUGCUUCUCGCAUCGAUCAGCUGGAUGUGGCCAAAGGUUUCGCCCCGCAGACGGUCGACGAAAUUCAUUUGCCACUAAAGAACACUAUCUCCAAAGUUCUAAAAUGCAUUCCGGAGUACAUCAUGGAGAACAUAGUGGGAUAUCUGCAGUUUUCGCGUCACUUCGAUAGCCAACCGCUGCGGGUUGACGUGGAGGCGCAGAACAACAUCUUCACCAUGAUUCUAGUGUUCAUGGGAUCGUCGGAACGGAUCCGCAAUCCUCAUCUACGGGCCCGACUGGCCGAGGGUCUGGAAAGUUUGCUCCCAAAAGAAUCGGAAUCCAGCGGAUUUUUCUUCAGUGCUGCCCUGUUCCAGAAUCAUGCCCAUCGGCUGGAAAUCAUUCCGAACCUUCUGCGGGUAUUCGUCAGUAUCGAAAUGACCGGUCAGAGUGUUCAAUUCGAGCAGAAGUUCAACUACCGACGCCCAAUGUAUGCCAUCAUGGACUAUCUUUGGAAGAUAGAGGAACAGAAACAGUGCUUCCGACAGUUGGAACUGGAAGCGAUCAGGGACAUCGAGGCUGAAGAUCCGCCCAUAUUUCUACGGUUCAUCAAUUUGUUGAUAAACGACGCAAUUUUCCUGCUAGAUGAAUCGCUUAGCAAUUUGCAGCAAAUUCGACAGCUUCAAAGUUCACAGGACGCCGGAGAAUGGGACGGUCUAUCUGCCAACGAACGACAACAGAAUGUGGCUAAUUUACGGCACCUGGGUAUGCUGACACGAUUUGACAAUAUUCUCGGACGUGAUACUAUAAACAUUCUACAACUUUUGACAUCGGAAACCAAGGAAAUCUUCAGCCACUCGUCGAUGGUGGAUCGUGUGGCUGCCAUGUUGAACUACUUCUUGCUCAAUCUAACCGGACCGAAAAAAGGAAACUUCAAAGUAAAAGACAAAAAGGAGUUCGAAUUUGAUCCAGCGAAUACAGUACUGGAAAUUUGCCGUAUCUAUGUUAACCUGCAAGAAUGCGAUGCAUUCGGGUUGGCCGUUUCCCAGGAUGGUCGAUCUUACAGUCCGCAGCUUUUCGAGUACGCUCAACAGGUGUUAACUCGUAUCGGUGGUGGCCAGUUGAUCGGUGAAAUCCAGGAGUUCGCAGCCAAGGUGCAGAAAUUGGAAGCACAGUACAAAAUUGACGAAGAAGCCCUGGUUGAUCCCCCGGAUGAGUUCCUUGAUCCGAUCAUGUCCUCGUUGAUGAUGGAUCCGGUGAUUUUGCCCAGCUCCCGUAUUACCGUUGACCGGUCGACCAUUGCACGGCAUCUGCUCUCGGACCAGUCCGAUCCGUUCAACCGGUCUCCACUUACGAUGGAUCAAGUGAAACGGGACGUGGAGCUGAAGACCCGCAUCGAUGAGUGGAUUCGAGAGAAACGGGCGAAACAUGCAGCCAGGACAGAGUAAACAUCGAUUCUGUUGCCAGUGUGUUGUUCAACUUAUCGCAUUAGCUUCUAGUUUCUAUUGUUGGGUUUUAUCAGAUGUUUGGCAUCUCAUCACUAGUAAAUAUUAUUUUAUUUAAUCGGUUUCACGCGAAUUUUCAUAUUUUAUUGUUUAAUAAUAUCGAAUCGAUGUUAAACUAUGUCGUGCUGCAAUAAGUAUAAUUCAUUGAACCUAGCUUUGGUUUAUAAAUAA